AUGUUCAUCCCGCUCAUCAUCCUCGCCGUGGUUUUCUGCGCCAUUUCGCUCUAUCUCCCCUACUCUGCAGGAUUGACUCAUCUUGAACGCAGAAAGAAGCAGCAGCAGCAAACCAAACCAAAAAGGAAAAACUCCGAUGCUGGAUAUGGCUACAUUUCUCCAGACGAAGAGUUGAGAAGACAAAGAGAACAGGAGGAGCAGCACGGGCUCAAGGCACGUGCGUCGGCGUUGAAGGGGCGUUUGAACGUGACCGCCGACGACAUGCCUGUUCUGAUCAAAUUGAACCAGCCUGGCUUGAGAAAGAGAACCGAGAAGAUCGCCAACGAUGUGGAUCCUAACAACUACGAUUACGAUUUGGAGGAGUUGAUCCAGGACGAGGCGAAGGAGGCCAACGAGGAGGCCAUUCGUGCGGCGUACGCUGGCCAGCAGCUAGGAGGUGACAAGGAGGCGAUGGUCUAA